GUUUGUUUUUUUUCCUGUUCUUUUUUUUAGCUAGUUGUUGCCACCAACAUCAGCUAAUGCUAAAAUUAAUAUAAAAUAGGUUUUUAAUACUUCUGUAUUUGGAUCCAGAGUGUGAAACGACAGUGUAAACUGUUGCUGGUUGAGCUUCUGCGUUUUCACACAAGCACAUGCAGUCAGGAGAACAUGAGUGACCUUGACAAACUACCAGCGAGUGCAGAUGUCGCUGUGACAGAUGACCUCACAGCAGGUGGUGAUGUUGAGCCUGAAGCGUUCCCAGAGAGCUCACCCUCUGUCCCACAAGUAGAUGAACAUAAUUCAUCAGAUGAUGAAGAUGAUGGGGAAGUUGAGAUUGCUGUUCCCGCUGCAGCGCAGAGAGUCGGGACUUCUUUCUGUUUGAAGGGGGGGAGCGCUGGUUUCUCGUCUCGCAGUCACUGUAUCUUUGACAGCUUGGACACUGUAGCCAAGCUGACAGCUUCUGGUCUGGAGCAGGUAGAUGGCGUGUUUGCUCGGCCUUUACCUCCAGUCAACAAGAAGUCACGCCAGUCUCCAUCUAUCUGCAGUAGGCCGCUGCCCACAGAAAAAAGAGCUGUACCAGACUACAUGGUGCAUCCAGAGCGCUGGACCUACUAUAACUUGGAGGACGUGGCAGAGACAAGUGACCGCUCCAACAGCAGGGUGGCUCAUCAGUUCUUGGCCAGUCUAAAGAGGAAAAAUGAGCAAGAGCCUGAAACUGUUCCAAACACCUGUAGCCCUCAACAGAAAAUGAUCUUCUCUAGGCCCAGCCGGCCAGGGAAGGAACAGUCUGCUGAAAAGCUGUCGGCUGUUAAAGACAACAAGAAAGGGAUGCAUCUCAGCCACCUGGAGGAAGAGGAGGAUGAGGAAGUGGCAGGCAAGGAGAGAGAGGAGGCCACAACAAUUAAUGAGUGCAGAUACAAAGAUAUUGACAAGACCAAACAAAAAGAAGACUGUAUUAAUCAUGAAGAGCAGGAGGAUGACUUACAAAAAGUGGCAACGACUGUCAGACAACCAGAUGAAACAGAAAACAAAAGGGGGCAACCAAAAAAGGAUCCAGAGGAGGAUGAGGGAAAGAAGAAAGAACAGGCCAGCACUGGGUUUGUUUCCUUUAGGAAGAUGAACCAGAAGAACUACAGGAGAGGUUCAGAGCAUGGUGACGCUUGAGGACAGCUAGCUGGGCCAACGCGACAAACGUCUGGACAAAGUGUGCUGUCGGUGUUUGAAAACAUCUUGGAAAUUAAUAAGUUUUAAGAAAAUAGGAAAUGCAACUUUGCUGUACUCUAAUUAUUUAGCUAAAAUCAGUUGCUAGUUUGGUUUUGUAGUCAUAUACUAACAUAUGCAGACAGUUGUGUGUCUGCUUACAGAGCAGUGCUACAUACAGCACCAGAACGAUAAGCCAGAGGGUUUCACCUCUUACUCUCUUUUUAUCAGGUUUUCCUGUGUGCUGAAAUUCAUUUCCAUUCUUGGCCUAUUUUAGAUGGGAUUCAUUAUAUGUGUCCACAUACAUGUUAAUCAAAAUAUUGUACACGUCGGGUCUAACUCUCUGUGUGUGUGUUUGUUUCUGGAUGUAUUUGGAAAAUGCCACUGAAGUUUAAUUAAAAAAUAUUGUAAGUUGUAUUUGCAGCUGUGCUGCUCUGUGCACAUCUGAUCCUUCAACAGAGUAUAUCCUCAUUAGUACUGGCUGGGAGACCUGCUUUGGAAA